ACUCACGCAGAAUUGUUAGUGCAAAAAGUGGAAAGAAGGAAAACAAAGCACAAAACGCACGGAGGGCAACAUGAAUAGCGAAGCCUCAUCACUGCAGAUGGCCCAGGUGGUGCCCGGCAGCCUCCCAGCCGCAGCGGCGGCGGCGUCGUCGAUGGAGGAAGCCAGUCAAGCGUCCGCAUCCCUCAGUGCGGCCAUCUCAAACACGGAUUUCUACAUCGGCGUCGGCCUGGCAAUCUCCUCCUGCUUCUUCAUCGGCUCCAGCUUCAUCAUAAAGAAGAAGGCACUCAUCCGGCUGAGCAGAUACGGCGAGGUGCGGGCCUCGGCGGGAGGAUUUGGCUAUCUGAGGGAAUGGAUCUGGUGGGCGGGUCUCCUGACAAUGGGUCUGGGCGAGGCGGCGAAUUUUGCGGCCUAUGCCUUUGCACCCGCCUCCCUGGUGACCCCCUUGGGGGCCCUCAGUGUGAUUAUCUCGGCGGUGAUGGCCUCCAGAUUUCUCAACGAAAAGCUGAACCUACUGGGAAAGAUUGGCUGCUUUUUGUGCAUCUUGGGCUCCACCAUCAUUGUGAUUCACUCGCCUAAGGAGAAGGAGAUUGAGGAUCUGCAGCUGCUGUUCGACAUGCUGCAGGAUCCGGUGUUCAUUCUGUAUGUGAUCUGCAUCAUUGGCUCCACGGUGUUUGUGGCCUGCUUCAUUGCCCCGCGCCACGGGCACACCAAUGUGGUUGUCUAUAUAUUCAUGUGCUCGGGAAUUGGCUCCCUGACCGUGAUGUCGUGCAAGGCUCUGGGUCUGGCCAUUAGACAGACGUUGAAUAACGGUGGAAACGUGUUCCUCACCUGGAUGCCGUGGUUCCUGAUCCUGAUCACUGUCACCUUCAUCGCCAUCCAGAUGAACUAUUUGAACAAGGCGCUGGAUAUAUUCAACACCAGCAUUGUGACGCCUGUUUACUACGUCAUGUUCACCACUCUGGUGAUCGUGGCCUCCGCCAUUCUGUUCAAGGAGUUCACCCACAUGCGCUUCGACGACAUCCUGGGCGAUGUGUGCGGCUUCCUGGUCGUUAUCACAGCUGUCUUCCUGCUCAACGCCUUCCGGGAUAUAGACAUAACGCUGAACGAUGUGAGGGGGCUGAUGCGCCCGAAAAUGCAGCGAGUGUCGCAGUUCGACGAGGAGGUGCUGGUCACCAGCAACACCAAGGAGCGGCGUCUGUCGUACGGCUCCGGCGACUUGUUCCGGAAGGCCUGACACAAGCAUCGCUACCAGGUUUAGUUGCAUCCCCUGCAGCGCAUGGCCUGAAGAUGGCUUCCGAAACGAAACAUUGGUCCAAGAAAAGCAUAUCACUUGCCCAUCACAUCACAUCCCGUCAUCUCUCAUCCAUUGUUCCUUUCAUCUUGUUAAAAACACAUUCGCUAGCAUUAGAACAUAGGUUAUAGGACGAAAUUAUGUAUAUUAAAAGGAUUUAUUUAACAGAA